UCCGCACUCAUCAAGUUCUCAAAAUCAAAGCAUUUGUACGUAGCCAACACCCAGCAGUAGCAAUGGUGAAGAUCUUUAGCAAGACCGUCGAGAAUAAUGAGAUUGAGAGAAAAGAAAUUAAGCUUCCCAGAUCAAGUUUUCAACAACUUCCAAAUGGGGAGUUCUCGGUUAGAGAUAAUCGGAGUGAUAGAAUAUGGAGGUGUCGCCGCAGCCAACGGUCCGGUCAGUGCUAUCUCAAUGUUAUAGAUGGGAAUGAUUUUGUGAGAGGCAUAAACGCUGGUAGCAAGAUCAGCCUUCACAACGAAGCUGAUCCUUUCAACCCGGAAGCUACGCCGUACAAAUUUGAAGUCGAAAAUAAUUGAGAAAGUGGUUGUUCAUAUUUUUAUACAUGCUUUUAAGUAUUCUCUAGUUAAGUGUCUUUUUUAGAGUAAAAAAUGUUUUUUUCA